AUGCAUGUAUUGUUCGUUUUAUUUUUAAUCACGACUACAGAAGCAAAAAGAGCAUUGUAUGAUAUACCAGAGAUACAAUCUGACUAUAAAGUUUUUAAUAAUUACGGAAAUAAUGAACAAUCUGAAACGAUUCAACAAGGACUUGACUUUGGACAUGUGUACAGAAAUGGCUUUCGAGACCCGAGGCACAAACAACAAUUUGAGCUAGAAACUGAAGUGCCUGAACCAAAAUACAGCGGCAAAAUGAAAGAAAUAUUUAAAAAAUCUCGACAGAAUAAGGAGUUGAAUCUGAAAGAUCAACCGUUAGUAUUCUUGAGUCCCCGAGAUGAAAUAUUACAUUAUAAAAAGUAUAACAAAUCCUUUACAAGAAGUGAAUCGAACUAUGAUAGAGAAACAGCUUUGAAAAAUAUAAACCGACCACUGGGAUACGAUUUCUCGAAACUCUUGGAAAGAAAUCUAGCAAAUCCUCUUGCUAAUAUAAGAAAGAAAGCAUACGAAGAAAAAUACAAUAAAAAGUUAGGUAGAGUUAAAAGUAAAGCAAUCGAACCAAAUGGCAACUUAUCUGAUUAUUUUCAAGGAAAUACGUUCUUCAUGAAACCAAACAAAGAACAGUCGAAUUGGACAACAUGCAGUGAAUUCGCAAAACGAGCGGUUUUUCAUCCCGAUGAUGUAGUCAACACUAAAUGGUUGCCUUUCUAUAUAUGGUCUAGAAGAGGAGAAAAAAAUCCUGCAAUAAUUCAUACUUUUAAAUAUCCAACCAAAAAGAUUGUACAGUUUUAUAAAACUACCUACUCUCCUUAUAUCAGAACAUUAAAUUGGAAAGAACCGAAACUGAUUUUAAAGGAAUCAAGAGAUAUCCUCUUAAUUGCUGGCGAUAGGAGAGGAUUAUUUUACGGAAUACCCAAACAGGAGUUACCAUCGGCAAUUGAAGGUAAAAACAUAACGUUACCACUCAUAACGUUAAGAAUGAAGAUACAUGAUCCGUAUCUUGCGAUGUUGUUUUGUGAAGAGAACUACGCAGUUAUAAUGGCAGAAUUGGGAACUGAACCAAAAACUGACCAAGAAAAAACCCUCGAAGCUAGCACGUUAAAAUUCAGAGGCGUUGGGUACACAACUUAUCGUGAUUUAGAAGCAGAGGCGAUUUUGGAAAGAAUGGAGAAGAUGAAGAAAAUAGAAGCAGAGUCUAGAAAGAUCAUACAAAUACCUAUACCUAGCGGCGAUGUAGAUUUUCAAGUCAGACACUAAUUUGUUAUGAUUAAAAAUAUAAUCAUUAAGUCACGUAUUGAUUCUUUAAAACAUCCGUUUGGUGCAAUGAUCAACAUCCUGUGUAAACUCAUCACUAAAAUGACAAACAUCCUUCCGAAGUUGUAUAAAUGUUCAUUUUGCUUGCUUUUAAUUUAGUUUUGUUCUUGAUUCAUUGAGUUAUUUUUUAUUAUUCGUGUCAAUUUUUACCA